GCUGAGGGAGAGACUCGGCCUCUUCCUGUAUCAUGGCGCCAAAGUAUAUACCUUGAGAGAGUUGCUGAGACACCCCGGCCGACUAGACCAUCUUUUUCUGUAAUUUCUUCUGGCUGCGAGCUGCAUUCAAAAGAUCGUGGGGAACCACAAGCCAAGCAAUGGAGACCGUGACCUUUGAGGAUGUAGCUGUGAACUUUACCAAGGUAGAAUGGGCUUUGCUGAAUCCACUCCAAAAGAAGCUCUACAGGGAUGUGAUGUGGGAAAUCUGUAUGCAUAUGGCUGCUAUAGGAAGAACCUGUGGUAACCAGCAAAUGGAAGAACAGUACAAAACUUGCUCAAGAAAUCUAAGAAAUGAUGCAGACAAGUGUUUGAGACUGGAAGAGAUGCUGUAUAAAUGUAGUGAACAUGGAAAAACCUGGAGUGAUUUCCAAUCCUUUCAGAAACAUGAAAUGAGAAAGACUGGAGAGAAACAAUGUCAGUCUGAGCAAUGUGGGAAAGCUUACUCUGAUCUUAGCGAACAAACUCACCCUGAGGAGAACACAUUUCUAGGUAAGAAAAAUGUGAAAGCCUCCAGCACACCCAGUCAUGUUCAAAUUCAAGCAAGAAAGCGUGGUGUGGGGAGUCCAUAUGAGUACAAACAAUGGGAGAAAACUUUUAUGUCUUCAUACUAUAUUCACCCAAAUGAAAGAAUAUAUGUUGGAGAGAAGCCCUAUGUAACUAAGGAAUGUGUGAAAGCAUUAUCUCAUAGUCAUUCCUUUCACAAACGUAAUAUAAUUUGCACUGGGCAGAAACUUUAUGUAUGUAAGCAGUGUGGAAAAGCAUUCAUGACACAGACAUGUUAUGAAAUACAUGAAGAAAAUCAUGCUACAGAUAAAUCUUAUGCAUGUAAGCAAUGUGGGAAAGCAUUCAGCACACACAGUUCUUGUCAAAAUCAUGAAAGAAUUCACACUAGGGAGAAACCCUAUGUAUGUAAGCAUUGUGGGAAAUCUUUCAUACGAAAGUCUGAUUGUCAAAUACAUGAAAUAAUUCACACUGGGGAGAAACCUUAUGUAU